GAAAACACUCCAAGAUUUUGACUUCCGUUUUCGGCUCUCAUCAGCGGCCUGUCAUCUUCACAAAACCUCAUGUGCAGUUCCAUCCACUUCUCAGUUCUUCCUCUCUGCUUUCUUCCGCCAUGGAAGCUUCAACAGGAGCUCCUCCAGCCUCUGCAGCCCCCAUCCAACCAGACGUCGAAAGAAUCAAGCGAAGGCUCCUCCGAAAGGGUGUCUUUCCAACUCCCAAAAUCAUCCACACCCUCCGCAAGAAGGAAAUCCAGAAAUCCCGCCGCAAGGCCAAGCGCCUAGCGGCUCAAACCAAAGAGCCCCCACUCUCCGAGUCCCAGGAGCAAGCCCUGGCCGAAGAAGCCCACUUUCAAACCCUAACUCUCGAGUACAGAGACUUCACCAGGGCCGUCAAGGCUAAGACCAAAGAUGACAAUGGAGCUUUAAUGGUGGGGACGCCGUGGGAGGGGCUGGAGAGAGUUAGGUGGAAAGAGCUCUCGAGUGCGAGCAAGGAAUACGGCGGAGAUCGGCCCAAGGUAAAGCAUUUGAGAGAAUUGGGCGAUUUUCUCGAGCAGAAGCGCGAGGAAUUACGGUGGCUCUUGGACGAUGUUGUUGAAGUGGAAGAACGUUGGUUGGAGAAUGGAAGUAAUAGGCGGGCUCCGGUGAAGCGGCGAGGCACCACAGCCAAUGCAAUUCGGUUUCUUAUAGAAAGGCUAAGCCGGACGGACCUUAAUAUGAAGGAUUGGAAAUUCGCUAAGAUGAUGAAACAGUCAGGAUUGCAGUUUACUGAAGCUCAGUUACUUAACAUUGUUGAAGGACUUGGUGCUAAUGGACGGUGGAGACAGGCAUUAUCCGUCGUGGAAUGGGUUUACAGCUCAAAGGAUUAUAGACAUUAUAAGAGCAAGUUUGUAUACACCAAGCUCUUGGCAGUUCUUGGAAAGGCUAGGAGACCUCAUGAAGCGCUUCACAUUUUCAAUCUGAUGAAAGAAGACUGCAUCACCUAUCCUGAUAUGCCUGCGUAUCACACUAUUGCUGUUACACUUGGUCAAGCUGGCCUCCUGAAACAGUUGCUGAAAAUUAUUGAAUCGAUGAGGCAGAAGCCUUCCAAAAGAAUUAAGAAUAUGCACCACCAGAACUGGGAUCCUAUCCUUGAACCUGAUGUGGUUGUUUUUAAUGCUGUUUUAAAUGCUUGUGUUCCAUCGCGACAGUGGAAGGGAGUAUUUUGGGUGUUUCAACAGUUGAGGAAGUGUGGUCUGAGGCCUAAUGGGGCAACCUAUGGGCUUGCAAUGGAGGUAAUGUUGCAUUCUGAAAAAUAUGACCUUGUCCAUGGGUUCUUCGGGAGAAUGCGAAGAAGUGGGGAAGCUGUAAAAGCCCUUACUUACAAAGUUCUUGUCAAGGCCUAUUGGGAGGAGGGCAAAAUCAAUGAAGCUGUUGGGGCAGUCAAAGAUAUGGAACAAAGGGGAGUGGUUGGAACAGCUGGUGUUUAUUAUGAGCUAGCUUGCUGUCUUUGCAACCAUGGAAUGUGGCAAGAUGCUAUGUUUGAGGUUGGGAAGCUGAAAAAACUUCCUCAUACUAAACCUUUGGAGUUUUCCUUCACUGGCAUGAUAAUGUCUGCCAUGGAUGGGGGACAUGUAGAUGAUUGUAUUUCUAUUUUUGAACACGCAAAAGAAUAUUGUAAUCCUAAUAUUGGGAUGAUUAAUGUCAUGCUAAAAGUCUAUGGCAAACAUGAUAUGUUUUCAAAAGCGAAAGAGUUGUUUGAAGAAACCAAGAGAGCCAAAGCUGGUUCAGUUCCUUGCCUAGACGAUGGUGCUUCCCUUGUACCAGAUUUAUACACAUACAGCUCCAUGCUUGAGGCUUGUGGUAGGGCACUCCAAUGGGAAUAUUUUGAGUAUGUCUACAGGAAAAUGACUCUUGCAGGGCUUCAACUUGAUCAAAAUAAACAUGCAUCACUGCUUGUGGAAGCAUCCAGAGCUGGGAAGUGGCAUUUGCUGGAGCAUUCUUUUGAUACAAUUUUGGAAGCUGGAGAAAUUCCUCAUCCAUCAUUCUUCACUGAGAUGGUUAUUCAGGCUAUAGCUCAACAUGAUUGUGAACGAGCUAUCACCCUUACCAAUGCUAUGGCGUAUGCCCCAUUCCAAGUCAGUGAAGAGCAGUGGAGGGACCUUUUCAAGAAAAAUGGAGACAGGUUCAGCAGGGAUAGUUUAGAAAAAUUAUUGGAUUCUCUUUGUAAUUGCGAUGUUGCAAGGGAAGCCUCAGUUGCGAACCUUUCAAAAUCACUAGUCUCUCUCUGCGGAUCUGGUGCCUCAAAAUGCUUACCAGGUUCUGUUGAUUUUGGCAACAAAGUCAUAAAUAAACCAGUCUCUGAUGAUGAUGAUGGGGGAUUUGAUGGCACCAAGGGAGUUAAGAUGCAGAACUUAUCAAGAAGGGGGGAGAACCCUGAUCUCCAGGGGGAUCUUCCUGUUGACAGUAAUGGUGACACCUUUGGCUUAUCUUCCUUAAAAACUGGUUAUGAGAGAGAGGGUGAUGAUAAGGUAAAUGCAGUCUCUAAGCCCCCAAAUGGUGUUGGUAAUGAAGAUGGAAUGUCUAGCCUUCCCGUGAACUCGGGGGUUUCUGCUGAAGGUAGGGCAACUAGUGGAUUUGCUGAUUAUUUUGAUGACAAAUCAUCAACUUGCAAUGCAAGUGGAGACUCAGAAUUUGAUGUUAAUGAGGUGGAACCCGAUGUGCUGGGUGGUGAAGUUGAUGAUUGGGAUGGAAAUAAGUUGCCUUCAGCAAAUGAAAUACUGGCUUCCUGGGAAGAAAGCAGGAAGAAGAAUGGGAUUUUCUUCCCGUCUCAGCUUGGUAAGAAAUAAGUGCAGGCUUUUAUAUGUGUGUGGUAUGACAGCUCAUUCUAUUCAAGUCAGAGUGAAAAUAUACGCAUUUGGGGCGCUUCAUUUUCAUCAGAAGGGUUCUGUUUCUGCUGGAUGCCACUGUUUAGUUUUCAGGUUCGUAGUGAUGGAUUGAUUCUGCUGCUUGAAACAUUAUUACAGUGCGUUGAAAGCUCAUAGCUCAAAACAGCGGUUCAAAAAUGGGAACAUUCAAGCAAUCUAAGGAUCCGGCGCAGCAGAGAUUUCUGUGGCAUAUACAGAGUUCUUGUAUAUUUAUUGUUACACACAUGAGGCUUCCACGGGACCAAAACUGUGAGUGCCAACCUUAUAAUUUUUGUUGACUUAAAACUCUGCGUUGCAACUUCAGUGUAAAGAGCACUUUUUUCAAUUGUGGACCGUAAAUGGUUGUCUCCC